AUGAGAUUUGUGUUCGAUGAGGUUUUCAAUUCAGAUACUGAUUCUCCAGAAUUUGAGGAAACAUGUUCUACAACAUCUUCUACGUCAUCGCAAUGCCCUACACCUGAGCCGAGCCCAGCAAUAAAGUUACCUUCAUUCACGAAAGUUGGCACGAAGAAAUUGGUAAAUGAGUCGGUAGUUAUUUUAGAUCCUGCUCUAGAAAACGCCUUGCGCGAUUUGAACCUUCAAUCGAAACUGAUCCCCAUUAAUGAGCCCAUUGUAGCCGCGUCAUCGAUAAUAGUACCGCAUUCAACCAAUAUGCCACUACCGAGAGCAUCGCAUUCGUCAUUGCUAGAUAAUGCUAAGAACUCAAAUGCGACAGCACCCUUACUCGAGGCAAUAGAAGAAUCUUUUCAAAGGAAAAUGCAAAACUUGGUGCUUGCCAAUCAGAAAGAAAUUCAAUCUAUUAGAGAAAAUAAACGUCGUGUUGAAGAGCAACGUAAGCGAAAAGAGGAGGAAGAGCGCAAACGUAAGGAAGCUGAGGAAAAGGCCAAGCGGGAGCAGGAAUUAUUACGUCAAAAGAAGGAUGAAGAAGAACGUAAACGCAAAGAAGCUGAAGCAAAGCUAGCGCAGCAGAAACAAGAAGAAGAAAGGAAGAAAAUAGAAGAACAGAAUGAAAAGGAAAGACAAUUGAAAAAAGAACAUGAAGCCAAAUUAUUGCAGCAGAAGGAUAAAUUGGGUAAAGCAGUUACAAACUUUGAUAAAAUCUCCAAAAUGUUUUGGCAUUAUAAAGACAAAAUUGCUCAAAUAAAGCAAGACAUAGUUCUGCCUAUAAAAAAAGCUGAUGUGAAUGUAAGGAAUUUGCUCUCACGUCAUAAAAGGAAAAUUAACCCGAAAUUCGGACAAUUAACUAAUAGCAACCAGCAACUUUUUAAAAUACAGAAUGAACUAACUCAAUUGAUAAAUGAUACUAAAGGCGACUCUCUAGCAUAUCAUUGGAUUUUAAACUUUAUUGCCAAAGCCGUAGUACAUCAGGCGGAAACAGAAGUCAGGGUAAAACCAGAGUCUGCUCUGCCCCUAGGGAAAUUGACUUUAUAUUUGUUAGUCCAAUUCCCAGAGUUACAGGAAUUGUUUAUGGCAAGACUUGUCAAGAAAUGCCCCUUUGUGAUAGGAUUCACGUGUGAGAUUGACACAGAAAAAGGCCGUCAAAACAUGGGAUGGAAAAGAAACAACGAGAAUAAAUGGGAAGAUAACACAUCCUACGAUGAGAGAAUGGGCGGGAUCUUAUCAUUAUUUGCCAUAAUAACGAGAUUACAGUUACCUCAAGAAUUUAUCACCACCACGAGUCAUCCUUUCCCCAUCGCAUUAUCGUGGCAUAUUUUGGCUAGAAUAUGUAAUACGCCACUAAAUUUAAUAACAAAUACCCAUUUUGUCAUACUCGGUUCGUGGUGGGAUGCCGCUGCCGUACAGUUUCUUCAGGCGUAUGGGAACCAAGCCUCUAAAUUGCUAAUCUUGAUUGGUGAGGAAUUGACCUCCAGAAUGGCUGAAAAGAAAUAUGUGGGUGCUGCGAGAUUAAGAAUUUUAUUAGAGGCCUGGCAAAAUAAUAAUAUGGAGUCCUUUCCGGAAAUGUCUCCUUAG